AUGGUAUUUAUGUGCCAGAGAUGGACAAAUGAAGCGUAUGCGGCAUCACAGAAUUAUAAGAUUCCAGGUCUACUUCAAAGGCAUCUUUACAAGAGAGGCCAGGAAAAAGGAACAACUUCAGGACAACCUGAGCAUGGCCAGCCCUCUCAUCGAUCUGAGAGUAUAUGCUCUACUAACCAAGAAUGCGCCAUGAUCAGCGUACCCAAGCAUGGUUAUAAACAUGUCUGGUCACACUCUCCUGAUUUACACGCCGUGAAGGCGACACGAAAGGCAAGAACAGAUAUGUUCAAACCGCGUAGAGAUCUUUCCAGAUUAAUGCAAGCCCCAACAGCAAUACAAGAAGUGCACAAGAGCAAAGAUGAACUAUUGGAUAAGAAAGAAAGAGUUUUUGGCACUCGUCGUGGCAUUUUCGAACAUGUUUUGCACGGUAGCUACUGUCCCUUAGGAUCUAGUACAAGUGGAAGAGACUUGAAUGCUGCGGUAUCUAGCACGUAUCUGUUUAGGAGAAGCGGUACAGACGUGGAAAAGGAAAAAGCUGUAUAUGAUAAAGAUUUCAAGGUCUCGUAUAUACCGUCUGAAACACAUAUUGCAACCAACGAUCUAUUAAAGCUACCAUUCAGAAAGACUGCAACCCUUUUCAAAUCACAAAAUAUGUAUUCACCUUCUGUUGUAGGGGGUCAAGAAACGUCGGAACACUUGCCUCCAAAAUACAAAUAUAAGCCAAGGAAAGAAGCUUCUGAAUAUUGUCAAUCAAACAGAGCACAACAAUAUAUAAGACGGAUGGCAAACAUGCGUAAAAAUAAUCAAACGAAAUAUGCAGAAUACUUAAAAAGAGGUAGAAAUCGAAUGGAACGAAUAAAAAAAGAUCCAGAACUGCUAAGUCGUCAUCAGGUAUCCAGAAGAAAACAUGAUGAAAAAGUAAAAGAGCUUCGACGUAAAGUACGGAUGGGAACGGCUGAUGAUAAUGAAUACCAAUUUGUUGCUCGCCUACGUCAACGAGAUAAAGACCACAAAGCAAAGACUGCCAAAAGCAAACAAUCAAAUAAAAGAGGUGAUUUGCAUGAAAAUGGCGCAAGCCUAUCAAAUACGGAAGGAUUCAAGACUGCUAGGCCAAAGCUGAUGCUUGAUUUGAAUACGCCUCCUCCUUUUGAACUUUCUGACGACGAGAAUUCGGAAAAGUAUCCCUCUGGGACUCCAUCUUCAAUAAAUCAAAGUUGUGCAAAAACACGUUCUCCGACCAUUUCAAUCAAAGAGCAAGGAAAGAACGAAUUACCUGCUUGGCGAAUGAGAUACAAUAUGAAACGUAGACAAAAGCGAGCAGAACAGCUUCGAACGAAUCCAAAAGUCAAAGCAAAAAUAGGAAAAGAAUAUGAACGAAGAAAAGAAAAUAUGAAAAUAAAACAAUUGAUUUGGGAACAAAAUCCGGCUUUACAAAAUUUACGUGAUAACAAUUUUACUCCAUUACGAACACAAAUUCGUAAAUACGUUCGUGAAGGCAAAGGCACGGAAGAAGAGAAAGCAUAUGUUAAGAAGUUGAGUAUAAGUGACUUAAAAUACAAGAAAGCAAAACGAGAGGCCAAGAAGGCGAAAUCAAUAUUGAUGCUUGACGUUUAUUCAUGUUCGCCUGUAAUAACAGCGCUCUACAAACGUGGAAGUCCUGGCAGAAGUACACCUCCUCGUCAGCCUGUCUCGGAUCAACAACAACCAGCAGAUAGCUUUAGCAGCUUCCAACAUUUAUUGAAGAUGAAUCCUGAAGAUCUCCAAGUAUCGUUUGAGAAUGAAGAUGAUAGUUCAGCAACUUCGCAUUACUUCAGAAACGUCCCUCAUUCACAAAUCAUCAAGCCGAAGCCUUCUCGGCCACACAAGAGUAUUGCUGUGCAGACUGAGCAUAAGACACAAUCAAAGCCUGACACAGAAGUCACCGCUAAGCGGAAGCCACGAAAACGAGCUGAAGAUUAUAACCUAAAGAGAAGAUUAAAAAGGGCACAAUUAAAGAUGAAUGCUCCUGACACAUACCAAAAAGGAUUAGAAGAUGAAAGAGCAAGGAAUGUUAUCCGUAGAAAGAGACGUAAAGAACUUGCUCUAUCUAGAUCUCCAUCGUCUGAAAGUACUGCCAUAAAUCGAGCAGCGAUUCGUAAGAGAGUUAGGGAAGGUAAAGGGACAGAAGAAGAUAAAGACUAUAUCGAGAAAUUGCGUAUCAAGAACCAAAUGUAUAGAAGGAGGAAAAGCUAUGAAAAUUUACUAAAGCUUAAAGGUCCAGAUGAUCAAUCUCCCAAUUCAAGAGGAAGCCAUUGA